UUGGCAUUCAAGUGAACAGUUACUCAAAAAAGAAUUCUAAUCAUCAUGUCGAUUCCAUUUAACAAGAAGUACAAGCAUGAAAAGAGUGAAAACUUUGACGAAUUCCUUAAAGAACUUGGUGUCAACUUUAUGAUCAGAAAAGUUGCAUCAACCGCAUCAUCAACAGUUGAAUUAGUAAAAGAAGCAGAAGACAACUUCUAUAGCUUUAAUACUAUAUCAUCAUUCAGAACACAGUCAGUCAGAUUCCAGCCAGGUGUUGAAUUCAUUGAAUCGAGAAUGGAUGGCGAAAAAGUUCCAUGCGUUAUUACAUUUGAUGGAAAUAAAAUGAUCCAGGAACAGAAAGGAAGUAAGCCUAUCACUAUGAUUAGAACCUUUACCGAUGAUGAACUCUUCUUGACAAUCAAAAUGGGAGAUUUAGAAGCCAAACGAUGGUUUAAAGCAUGUUAACAUAUCAAAUCUUAGGACAUCAACAAUUUUAUCAAUGAUAUUAAAGCAUGUGGCAUCCUGGAUCUGGAUCUGGAAUCAUCAAGAACUGUAAUACAAGUUUUAAAUGGUUAUGGACAUCUAAAUUAAAA